CAUCUGCGGCGGCAGCGUUUGCCCGAAGCUCAGAGGCCGACGGACGGACGGACAUAUCGCCGGGCGGACGGACGCGGGCUCGCGCCUUGGGCUCGGGGCCAGCUUCGGCGAGGCUCGGGGCUUGCAGCGCGCGGCUUCUCCUCCAGCUCACGGCCACCCCGGCUCCGGCGGCCUCGACGCGCAGGGGGCUGAAGGUGCGGGAGCCGCUCUCCACCGGUCGGUCCCCGCGCGGCUCUCAGCCCCGGCCGCCGCGGCGCGGCCCGGAGCUGCGUCCCCGAUCCCCUGCUUCCCUCCGGGCUACUCUGAGCAACGGUGCUCCCGGGCUCCAAACUCGGGCUGCCGGGGCAAGUGUCUUCAUGAACCCAGAGGAUGUCCGGGAAGCACUACAAGGGUCCUGAAGUCAGUUGUUGCAUCAAAUACUUCAUAUUUGGCUUCAAUGUCAUAUUUUGGUUUUUGGGAAUAGCAUUUCUUGGAAUUGGACUGUGGGCGUGGAAUGAAAAAGGAGUUCUGUCCAAUAUCUCUUCCAUCACCGAUCUCGGCGGCUUUGACCCGGUCUGGCUCUUCCUCGUGGUGGGAGGAGUGAUGUUCAUUUUGGGAUUCGCAGGGUGCAUUGGAGCGCUACGGGAAAACACGUUCCUUCUGAAGUUUUUUUCUGUGUUCCUGGGAAUUAUUUUCUUCCUGGAGCUCACUGCUGGGGUUCUGGCGUUUGUUUUCAAAGACUGGAUCAAAGACCAGCUGUAUUUCUUUAUAAACAACAACAUCAGAGCGUACAGAGAUGACAUUGAUUUGCAGAACCUCAUAGACUUCACGCAGGAAUAUUGGCAGUGCUGUGGGGCUUUUGGAGCUGAUGAUUGGAACCUAAAUAUUUACUUCAAUUGCACAGAUUCCAACGCAAGUCGAGAACGAUGUGGCGUGCCAUUCUCCUGCUGCACUAAAGACCCCGCGGAAGAUGUCAUCAACACUCAGUGUGGCUAUGAUGCCAGGCAAAAACCAGAAGUUGACCAGCAGAUUGUAAUCUACACGAAAGGCUGUGUGCCCCAGUUUGAGAAGUGGUUGCAGGACAAUUUAACCAUCGUGGCUGGUAUUUUCAUAGGGAUUGCAUUGCUACAGAUUUUUGGGAUCUGCCUGGCUCAGAAUUUGGUUAGCGAUAUCGAAGCUGUCAGGGCCAGCUGGUAGAGCCCUGCCUCACUGCUGUAUGACACUGGACGGACCCAGCCUUCCUGACCCUCCAGCGUGCCCAGCCAAAUCCACGCUGCAAUCCCACGGGAUGGAACUUCCGAGAACUUGGUUUGGGGCGGGUACAACUGGGAAAUGCUGCUCACUGACCGAAUUAAAAAGAUAACCAGUGUGAAAGUCCUUGCGCCGUGCAUCUCUGCUGUAUCCAUGGAUUUAUGGAUGGUUGGAUGCUUACCAAAAAAGAAAAAAGGGAGGGUGAGGGACCCAGCUGUACUUGAAUUUGUGGAACACACAGUCUUGUUCUCUCCUUCAGUGGUCGGAGGGCUGGGACAGGCGGUUUUUGCUUUUCGUCAGACCUUGAAGGGACUUUCUGGUCAUGGCCUAAAGAAGUGCAUCUUUUCUAAAACUCAACCCCUAACCUGGGAGGGCUGUGAGGUUUUUUGUUGUGUUUUUUUUGUUUUUGUUUUUGUUUUUGUUUUUGCAUCCCUUCACUGUACAUUUCAGGGACCUGUUAAAACUAUCAUCCCGAGAAGAAAACAGCUUGUCUUUGGUUCAGAUGUUGUGAUCACAUUGAACAAGUCAUGUGGGUGGGCACGCCUGGUCCCUCCCGGAGUGUCUCUUUCAAGGGGACUUGUGUGUUUCAUGUGUAUGGAGUAAGGGCUUUGGAACACUUAUGAUGCUGAAUUUUAACAGGACAGAUUGUUGUUCUCAGUAGGCCUGAGCUGUAUUUUCUAUGAACUUCAAGGAGAAAAUGAGGUUAAUGGAGAGACAUUAACUAAUACCCCUCACUCCAGCCCACCAAAUUAGUUGUUGAAUUCUUUGGAAACUGGAAUAUUCUGCAUUUUGUUCUGCUUUUUUGUGUGUGUUUUUGUUUUUGUCUCCCAAAAGUGAGAGAGCUAGGAUACAGUUUCUCUUAAAGCGUUUUCUUACUCAGCUUGAAUAUUAAUUAUUUUGGUGUACUCUCCCUGCAUGAUCUGUGAAUCUGACUCUACCAGCUCCUCUUCCUGCCAUCUUUCCUACAAACAUUUAUAAAUGUUAUUUGGUCAGCAUUUAUUUCAUAAGUUCACCACCCUGAGCGGUGUGGCGUGUCCUCUGUGGCCAGGGAGGGUCCCGUCGGCUGGGCUAUUGCAAGUGCUUCUGUGGACUCCACGAUCCCUUUACCCUAUCAGUCUUUGGGGCCCUGUCUGCAGCCCCUCCCCCCCUUUGAAUGGAAUUGAACCUAAUUCUGAAACAGUGUUGACACAAUCAGAAAUACCCUAAUAUUUUUUUUCUUCUUAUUCUGGUUUCAGUUUGCUUUUAUUAAAACAAACAGUGCAUGGCCAGAGCUCCUUCUGUUCUCAUAGUGCAGACUAACUGUCAGGAUGGUAACAAAGCACAAAUACUUAGGAAGGCAGUGCAUUGAUGGGGCAAGUGUUUUGUGACCCAAGGUGGGAAGCCACUUCCAGGUGCUGCCACUACCUGUCCCCACCGGCCUGGGGAGGGAUGAAUUUUGCCCUCCGAUUUGAACCCAGCUGGUUUCUGCCAGGAGGUCCCUCUCCCGGGGAGCAGAUCAUAGCCUGUGGAAUGCUGGGAAAACCACAGGUGUCUUUUGCAGUGAUGACCCACUUGCCAACACAAAACUGGGCUUCCAGCGAGCAGGCUUUAUGGAAACUUAGCAAGGUUUUCUGUUUUAGCCCCAUGGUGCAUCAUGGUGGCUGAUGAACGUGUUAAAUCUCCUCAGAGGAAGGACAAAGAUUCUUUGAAAAUUGUGUCCGGAGUGUGGGUGCGUGUACGACUGCAUGUGUGUUUUUGUGUCUCUGUACAGUUAGAGAUGUUCCUUCCAUAUCCCGGCUGGAAGAUGAUUCUGUGUCAUCUCUGCCUCCACGCAGUUGUCAUUCUGUAGUGUCAUUGCAACCUGGAGAAGACUUGAGCCCCGCGGUUGGCACUCCUGUCUCUUUUUAUUACCUCAUUCUCCAGUGAACUCCAUCUGACCAGUUGAUUCAGAAUCGGGCAAGAUGCCCUCCCUUUGGCACAUCCAGUGAAAGGCCAAUCGGCAAGUCCAAGUGAGUUCUAAAUUUUAAUUAAUCACCCUUUAUUUUUUACACUUGAGAGUGGUUGUAAUUAAGGCUGUCAUUAAUAAACUGGUUCUUCCUUACACGGAGUUAUGUCUUUCUUCGUUACCUAUCUUGGAAGCGCAAGAGUCUCUAAUCCAGUGGUUCUCAGACUUUAGCGUGCGUCGGAAUCAGCUGGAGGGCUUUUGAAACCAAUGACUGCGUUUGCCUCAUCCCCAGAUUUUUGGAUUUAGUAGUUCUGGGGUGGGAUGCGAGACUUUGCAUUGCUGAACAAGGUCCCAGGUGCUGCUUUUGCUGUGGGUCUUGGAGGCAGCUGUUGGAGAAGCAUCACUCUGAUCUGUUCUCUGAGGGGGAAAGUAACCUUUGGGGGUUUAGGAGGGAAAGGUCGUUUUGUGCUGCUGGGUCCAGGACAUCUCUCCCUGAGGUCACCACCUGCUGGUCACAGUCACCUAGAGGCCAUGUAAGACACAGGUGAUCAGCCCUUGCCUAUCAGGGUUUUGGAGUUGGGGAGCCAUAGCCUAUGAUUUUAAGGAGCUCCCAUUAAAAAUUGAAUACACGGGGAGAUUCAGGACCCAUUAUUUUGGUAACAUUCACAAGUCUUUUCUAAGAAAAUAAUUUCUAGUAGUCCCUGAGAGCAGUCUUAAAAACGCAUUUGAGAAGAGCCAAUAAAAAUGUCCUUUUUUUGUGAAUAAUCACUGUAGAAAGUCUUUAAAACUAUUCAAGACUUUUUUCAAAGAUCAAAUGUAAACAAAAUUUUAAGGCUCAUACAGAAUUCUCAGACCCAAGUAUGUCCCAAGACUUGUUUGAGAAACGUUUUACUUGGUUUCCCUGGGGUAUUUGAGACCAAAAUGUAAUCCUGACUUUAAAGAAAUUUGUCAGUGCCAAAGGGAGAUAAACAAUACCCCGUUGAGUUUCCUGAGCUGUGGUGUAGAGCUCGAUUAUCUACCUCUGUGAGGUAAUUGGCCCUCCUUGCUCACAGCAAACAAAGCCAACAAAGAAAAACUACAGCUCUUAAGUAAAAGGAUGCUUUGUUGACAAAACUCCAAACUUACAGGAAGUUUCCUCCCAGUUUAGAAGGUAGUCUUGGGAGGAUGGUUAUUAAGUUUCUCUUUAUCUCUUUUGUUUGGCUGCUACAAACAUCACUGCUUCCACGAUUUAAAAAUACCUAAUAAACUUUUUAAAAAUGAACACAGGAAUUAAAGUAGAAUUUUGCAUCAUGAAGCACUUCAAAGAGAAGUCUCUUACUGUUUUCUUCCUCCUUUCUUCUCCCAAGGAACAAACCGUUUUGUUUCCCCGCAGCCUCCUUCCUGCGACAGGUCCCGGUCAUCCUUCUCUGGAGGGGAUUCUGAAAAGUGUCUCUUGGCCUUUCCUGACUGUGCAGAAUGUUUUCUCAUUCAUGCCCUGUGUGUGGGUGGGCAGGAGGGGAGCCGCUCUGGCCUUCUGUGGAGUCCGUCUCUGUCGGGUUCCGACUUCCUUGGACAGGAGCCCUGGGAAGCCGGUGGGCUGAACAAUGAGGAGCCGGAGCCCAGUGACCCGGCUGGCCCACCGCGGCUCUCUUGUCAUUUAUUCAGGGAAGCCCUCUUUCCCUAGGGAAAUCUUGUUUAGACCUCCAAGGAAGAACCGGAAACCUCUCCAUAAACACUGGCCACUGGGGGUUCCUGGCCAAUUCUCUCUGGGAAGGUCAUGGGGCAGCUUCCAGGUGCUGCCCUCCCUGCAGUGAGAAGCCUAAUCUUUGAGAAGGAAGAUGCACAGUUGGCCUGAUAAUGCAAUAUUUCUGGCUUUCUGGUGACAUGCUAAAAUCUCUGAAUGACGAUACGCAAGGCACAUGUAUCUGGGUAGGGGUAGGGGGCAGACGAGAGAGGCCAAACUCUGCACAAGGACCAAAGCCAUCUUUAGUCUUACCUUUGCCUUCUCUCGUUUUUUGGAGGAGUUUGUGACAAACGUAGAGUUCAUAAAAUGAGAGAAGUCCUCAUUUUUAGGACUUGUUUAAUUUGGGGAAUUAAAUACAGCUUCCUUUGGCUUGUUCAUGCAACCAGAGAAAACCUAAAGGAAGAGCAGGUUAGUGUAUGGGUUUCACACUGUGUAAAUAUACUCCGAAAAGAGGGCAGCAUGCAAGCAAGAUAGGGCGUCCCAUGUUGUUGUUUUUCAUCGAGUGUGUAAUUGCGUUGUAGGCGGGAGAAGGCCACCGGUUCAGUCUGGAGCUCAUCUUCAUAAAUUAACUUUUGCAGAGCAGAUGAUUUGACAGGAACGUUUUAGUGGCCUGCCCCCUAGUGGUGGCCAUGUGAAAUGACUGACUGAAGCUGGAAUAGUUACUGCGGGAAUGAAAUCACUCUUUGGAGAAACUUGAGGGUUUCGUAACAUGGCUGUGUUUUGUGUGCUUUGGGUUGGUAAGUCUUUCUAUCCCUUUACACACUCCUGGAAGUGACAUAGCUUGUUUUGGAAAGGGAGAGAGCAGGGUGCUUAGCUCCUUUCCCCAUCUAUGUCCUGACCUUGCUGCUGGGACUUCACAGGCCCCUGGGGCAGGGUGCGUGGAGGUCAGAGCUGGGCCCUGCCUUCCUGCAGAGACUCAGACGCAGCUUAUGAGAGAGGCAGGGGCUGGCUACAGCUGCUCCUCUGCAGGGCAGGCAAUUCUCCUGAAUCCGUGCCAAGGACAUCUCUUGUAUUUUCCACUAAGAGCGCCCACAUGGAUCGCCUGGGGUCUGCUUUGAUCUGCAAGUCUGUAGCUUCGAUUUUAAAGAAGAUUGGUAGGGUGUUGGGGUGGUCUGGAUCACCAGUUGUAUCUUGUGUUUGAGGCGUUUGUUAUGGGUUGAACUGUCUUCCAAAAAUUCAUGUAUUGAAGUCAUUACCCAAUACAGCAGAAUGUGACCUUACCUGGAAACGGAGCGGUGACAGAUGUCAUUAGUUAAGAUGAGGGUCCUACUCAGUGGGAUGGGGUCUUCUGAAAAGAGGAAAUUUGGACAUGGAUACACACAGAGGAAGAAGGCCCUGUGAACUUGGAAUGCCAAAAACUGCCUGGAAGCCUGCAGAAGCUAGGAGGGAGGCAAGGAACGGAUUCUCCCUUGGAGCCUCCAGAAGGAACCAGUGUUGCCAACACCUUUGGACUUUUGACACUCCAGAACUGUGAGACGCUUUCUGUGGCUUAAGCCACUGACUUUGUGCUACUUUGUUACUGUAGCCCUAGACACAAAUACAGAGUUUGCCUGUUUAGUGCCCCUUUUCAGGAUAGACGGGGUAGGACUGCUCUGAGCUCCGCGUGCUGCUUUUCAGCAGGAGGAUGGUCAGUGUGUAUGGGCCCUGGGCAGAAUGCCUCCCUGUUAUUGUUUAAACGGAUGCACCUGAACACGGGUGUGUUCACAGUGUGGGGUGUGCUUUAUGUGCUUUAAGCUCUUAAAAAGAGUCUCAAGAUGUUUUGUGGGACAUCGUUAGCAUGAGGAAUGCUUUUUAUUACAUUACAAUUGAAAAUGCUGGUCCUGAGCUGUACUUAAAUCAAAGAUCUUCAAUGUAACUUGGUAGGACGAUUAUUUUACAAAUAAAACCGCUCUAUUUCCAUGA